GAUCAGCAUGGGAGGAGAGGAGCAGCAGUCUCGACGACGAGUACCAGUCGGUAACGAUGAUAACAGCAGCAGUGGUGAAUACAAUAAGGCGCGUUGGGGAGGCCAGAGGGAAGGCAGAAGAGCGAAGUGGCCGUAUAUAGAAGUUAGCCUGAGCCCAAGAUCCUCAGCAUCAACGGUCAGUUCAACGACGGGGUCAGAUGUGAGUGCCGCUGGCAGUAGUGGUAGUGGUGAAGAGGAAGAAGAGGAGGAGAGGUGUAGUGUGUCCCCACUGGUGAAGACGCGUCGACGAAGACUACAGGGACGAGCGCCGCAGGCGGUGGUGGCGGGGCCUAGGAAGGAUGGCUCCUCGCCUCUGGGAAGGGUUAGGUGGUCGAGGCAUAUGUCUCUAUCGCCUGUUGUUCACAGACGAAGAUAGGCUCGCUGCUGUUGAAGUUGUUGUCACAUCAAAACGAUACGUGUACGUUGCUGCUACUGCUGCUACUGUUGCAUUUUUACUUUUUCUCUCCUGUAAAUUAUCACUACUACUAUGACUACGCUCUCUUGCUUGCAUAGGAGGAGUCCAAGUAACCAUUUAUUGGGUAA